UCAUUUGCAUGGGAGGGAGGAUAUAGCUGCUCCGCAGAGCUCCGUACGCUACAGUUCGGAGCUGCCGCCUUGGAGAGCUGACUUACUGGUGCGCCCUGCCCGUCACUGCUUAAUCUGCAAAAAUGUCUGACAAACCAGAUAUGGCCGAGAUUCAGAAAUUCGAUAAGUCUAAAUUGAAGAAGACAGAAACACAAGAGAAAAAUCCACUGCCUUCAAAAGAAACAAUUGAACAGGAGAAGCAAGCGGGUGAAUCGUAAUGAAAUCUGCCCUGCCAAUAUGCACUGUACAUUCCACAAGCAUUGCCUUCUUAAUUUUACUUCUUUUAGCUGUUUAACUUUGUAAGAUGCAAAGAGGUUGGAUAAAGUUUAAAUGACUGUGCUGCCCCUUUCAACAUCAAAAGAAUAAAGAACUACUGACACUGAAUUGAAAUGAAGGCCCAGCCGGCUGCCUCUUUCCAUCUGCCUGUCCUGGCUAGUUUGGGUCCUGGUGGCAUUUAAAAAAAAAUUUUUUUUUUUUUUUUUUAAAGAGCUUGCAUGUUGGUGAAAAGAAGAACUCGGGUGGGACUACAGUAAAUCUAGUUAACAGUAAAAUGCAAAGCUGUACCAAGGUCCUGGCAAGCUGUAAAAUGCAGUUAAUCAGAGUGCCAUUUUUUUUUUUGUUCAAAUGAUUUUAAUUAUUGGAAUGCACAAUUUUUUUAAUAUGCAAAUAAAAAGUUUUAAAAUCUGGCUGGUAUUGCUGUGUAAUCUUUGGAAGAUCAAUGUUGCAAGAAGAAACCUUGAGGGUCUGUCAGUGACUUCACAAUGGUAGGGGCUUCCUUUGGAAAAAGCAAUAAAUACUCCUCAAAAUUGGUUUUUCUAUGUUGGGUAAAUCCUAUUGCAGAUAAGAAUUUUCAUCCUGAUUAUGUAAAAUAUCUAUAUGUAACUAGCAUUAUGUACCAGUUACUCAUGACUUUGUUUUCUUAGAUUUACUUUUAUUAGAAUUUGUCUUUAUUUACCUGUGAUGAUCAUGUUAAAGUAUUGUGGAAGGAAAUUGCUAUAUCCACAUUUUGCGAUUCUUUUUGUAUGACCUCACUGGAGAUCAGUUUGCAAUUUAAAUAGCACUUCAUAAAAUUAAUCAAUUGCAUUGCAAUUUGCAUUGGUGCAAAUAGAGCCUGGAUGAGAAUUUUCUAUUUAGUCACAGAGGGGUUAUACAUGUGCUUUCACCUUAUUGUUGGCCUAAUUUCUAUUGAAUGGUAAAAUCUUUUUUUCCAAAUAACAGUUCUGAUUUUGAAAGUUCACUGUUAAAAAAAAAAAAGUUCAUUGUACCAUCUUGUAUUUGUUUGCAUAAUAAACCUUGAUGGACUAAAAGUAGAGUA